CUGCGCCUCAAAGGCGCGCAGCGCCCCGCGCAGCGCAAAGCCAGCCGCCUCGCCUCCCCCGGCGCUUCCCGGCCGCUUUCCGCCUGGGGGAAUUAUUUCUUAUCUUUUUUUUUUUUUUUUUUUGGCCUUUUCUGGUCUUUUUUCUUUUUUUUAUUAUUAUUUGUUUGUUUGUUCGUGUGUUUGUCGUCGCCCUUAGUUUUGCUUCUUUUGCUUUGUCCCGGGACGCGCAAGCCGGCCGCCCUCUCCCCCGCGGCAGCCAGCGCGCAGCCCGGCUCCGUCCCUUCCCCGCUGCCCAGCGAGGGGACGGCGGCGAUGAACCUCAACUUCACCUCGCCCGUGCACCCCGUCUCCGCGCCCCGGCCCACCUCCUUCUUCAUCGAGGACAUCCUGCUGCACAAGCCCAAACCCUUGCGGGAGGUGCCCCCCGAGCACUUCCCCGGCUCCUUGGCCUCCCGCGUCCCCCUCUUGGACUAUGGGUACCCCCUGAUGCCCACCCCGACCCUGCUGGCGCCUCACCCGCACCCUGCCCUGCACAAGCCGGAGCAUCACCACCACCACCCCUAUUUCCUCACCGCCUCGGGAGUGCCGGUGCCGGCCCUGUUCCAGCCCCACGCCGCCCCCGAGCUGCCCGGGAAGCACUGCCGCCGCCGCAAAGCCCGCACCGUCUUCUCCGACUCGCAGCUCUCCGGCCUGGAGAAGCGCUUCGAGAUCCAGCGCUACCUCUCCACGCCCGAGCGGGUGGAGCUGGCCACGGCUCUCAGCCUCUCCGAGACCCAGGUGAAAACCUGGUUCCAGAACCGGCGGAUGAAGCACAAAAAGCAGCUGCGGAAAACCCAAGACGACCCCAAAGGGGCUGGGGGCGAGGAGAGCCGGGGGCAGAGCUCCCCCGAGCCCGAGCUGCCCGAGGGGGCCGGCGCCGAGCCCCGCAAGGGCCCCCCCGGCCCCUUCCUGCUGCAGGACCCCGAGGACGAGGUGGACAUCCUGGAGGAGGGGGACCUCCUGGCCGCCCCCCACCGCCUCUAGGGCCGGCUUCGUCCAGCCCCGACCCCACAAAUCGCCCCUCGCCCCCCAGCCUCCAGUAGUGCCGGAGCCCAGGGGGAUGGAGGGAGGGUGUUCCUGGAUGGAGGAGGUGAUUUGGGGAGGGGGGGACACACAGCACGACCCCUGCCCGCAGGGGUGAAGGCAGCGGGGGGCUCUGCGGAGCCUCCACCUACCCCCAGCGCCGCCCCAAACCUCAGCCUGGCGGGGAGAAAAAAAAAUUAAAAAGCGACUUUCCAUUUAAUUUUUCCUUUCCCUUGGAAAUACCGGACUUUUCCCCGUUCCCUGACUUUUCCUCGGUUUUCCAAGGAAAAAACGAGGUUACCGGGAGCGGCGGCCGGGGGGUGCCGCCCCCAGCCCCAUAGGACCCUGCCGCCUCCCUCCGGAGCGCUGUGGGUCGGGUUUGGGCCCGGGCAGAGCUUCCAGGGAAGGCGUUUUGCUGGCCAAAAGAAUUGUAGAAACGCCCUGCCGAGAUCCAGGUAAGCCAAAAAUUACCCUUGCUUUCCUUCCGAGCCGGGAAGAGGGGAGCAGCAGGAAUAGCUCGGACCCACCAGGGCUGCUCCCAGCUAGCAAGAAAUAUCCUGCAGCUCGGAAGAGCACCGGCAGAGUGAUUUCUUCAUGGCUCCCAGGUGUGAACCACCUGCAGGAUCUUUUUUUCCCCUCCUAGAGCCCCGGACCUGGCUCUAGGUUCUGCUCCUUUCCCCGCCUGCACCUGCCCCACCGCCUCCCCGGGCUCCGCACUGCAGUCACCGCCCGUGCUCGCUUUGCCUUUACCUUUCUGCCAGGGGAAUGGUUUUAAUUUCCAGCUCGCAGAGGUGCAGUCAUCCAGUGUGAGAAUCACUGUUCUGUGAUUCACCACCCCACAUCUGAUGCUGUAACGUACCGUUUGGGACAUGGUGACUCGGGGUACCAGACAGUUCUUCCUCUCCUGCUGCAGCUGAUGUUGCUUCGGGCCCUGCAGAAGCAGAGAGGGGGAAGUUCCUCUGCAGCAGUGCUCACACACCCUGGAAGACUGCAGUGGGAUGUCCCGACACCCACCAGCACUUCUGGUCUUUACUGAAUGGAACAAAUUGCUUAGCUGGGGCCAGAACCCUCAGAGGCAAGGUCUGUAGCAUGACCAAGGGCUAAAAAAGUUCAGAUUCUGCUUAGUGAUAAUCUGAGGGUGCUGAAUUUGUGUCUCAAUAGCUGUACAUUUGUUACCCUAAGCAUACGAAGUUGUUGAAUUUUUAUUGAUGUGCAAUAUUUAUGUUUGUAAUAAGCACUGAUACAACUCCAUUAAAUCCUGUACGAGUCCUCCAUCA